UAAUUCGUUCUGGGAAUCCAUUAGGCUAAGGCUUGUUGGAAAAUCGCCAAUUCUCAACAAUUCUUAAACAAAGAAUAGGGAGACGAGAGGGAGAAUAUAGAGGUUUCACGUACUGGGAAAUCAUUCUUGCCUUUCGCACAACUGAUCUGCUCUUGUGAGUAUAUUUCUUAAAUUUUCUGGAGAUCAACUGCGUGUGUGUGUUUGUGAAGUUGAUUUGGUUCCAGUCACUGGUACAGCAUUGGAAACAUGCAGUCCAACAACGGUGCCGAGGCCUACACUCUCAUAAGCCAUGAGCUUUCCCAGCUCUCCGAAGCACGAACACAGCGUUCCAUCUAUAGAGUACAUAAGGAUUUGCGUGACGUCAAUAACAAGGCUUAUGAACCAGAAAUCAUAGCAAUUGGCCCUUAUCAUCGUGAUAAAGAUCACCUGAAAAUGAUGGAGGAACACAAACUGUGGUAUCUGCAUUUACUUCUUAAGCGGAAAAAAGAGAACGUCGAGGCGUAUAUCUCAGCUAUGGGAGAAUUAGAACAAGAGGCACGCAAUUGUUAUGCGGAGCCCGUUAGCCUAAACUCAGCCAAGUUCAUCAAGAUGCUAGUGCUAGACAGUUGCUUCAUCAUUGAGUUAGUACGAAAAGACCACGAGGGAGAUCAUGAGGACGACCCUAUCUUUGAAAUGGGGUGGAUCAUGAAUAGCCUGCAGCCAGACAUCAUAUUAUUUGAAAAUCAGAUUCCUUUCUUCAUUCUGUGCAGGUUAUUUGACAUGAUUGAGGGGCCAAAUCGGCAUAACAUGUUGAUCGACCGUCUGUUGCUCUUCUACCAGAACAACCCUGGGGGACGGCUUAAAAACAAGACAGAGAGAAGUCUACAAGAGAUAAAGCACCUACUUGAUUUGAUACACAGCAGCUUGAUUGAUUCAGUUGAAGAGCUUUAUGUUAAUGUAGAAGAAGUUCCCAAGACUAGAGAAUGGCAAUUCAUACCCCCGGCGACAGAGCUAACAGAUGCUAACGUGGCGUUUAAGAAUGUGGAAUCCGAUAAUUUCUUUAAGGUAGAUUUCCGUGAUGGCAUUAUGUUGAUUCCACAUUUCAUUAUUGAUGAUAGCAAGGAGUGUUUGUUUAGGAACCUCAUUGCUCACGAGCAAUAUUCCUCAACUACAACUCGUCCGAAUUUUGUCACAGAUUAUGUGAGAUUCAUGGAUUGCCUCAUUAAUUCUUCCAAGGACGUAGAAAUCCUGUCCGAGUGUGGGAUCAUAGAGAACUGGUUGGGCGACAAUGAAGAGGUUGCCAACAUAUUUAACCAACUUUUCACUUCAGUUACUCUCACUCGGGAUAAUUUUUUCUAUGGCACAAUCUGUGAUAGAGUCAACACCCAUUACAAGAAGCGUUGGAACAGAGCGAUGGCGUUGUUGAGGCGAGACUAUUUCAACAGCCCGUGGUCAUACUUUUCAUUUUCUGCUGCACUUGCAAUCCUUCUACUCACUGUGGCUCAAACUGUCUUGUCUUUCUCUACAGGCAACAAGUAAUGUAAACAAUCAUGGUCCGAAUCAA